AUGGUUAUCGACUUUAAUGAUCUUCCGCCUGAAAUGGUGUUAGCUAUUGUUUCGCGACUAAGCUACGGCGACAUGUGCAAUUGUCUUAUGCUAAACAGGAAAACUCGGAGUAUAAUAAACGCGAAUCUCCAUCUUGUACCUCGCAUGUGGAUCACGAACAUAUCACUCGAUAGAGAGGGGGCGUCGCGAUUCAAACUGUCUGUCUCAAGAAAUUCGUUCAAAAGUGCCAAGAAAAACUGGUCGUGUACCUUCAACGAGAGCAGGGUCUCACCUAAUGAAACAAAUCGUGAUAUUACUGACUUCUAUAACAACGAGGGGUUCUGUGGAAUGAAGUGGGACAAAGCAAACAAGUCUACUGAGUUCGAUGUACCAUCAAUAAGCACAGCCCUCGAAGAACACCUGAGCUUUGUCCUUCUCAGGGCAAACGUUCUCUGUUUCAAGUUGGUAGAUCUUGACAACAGUGACAUGAAUGUCGUUACGCGAGUGUUACGGAAAUCAAAGUCAAAGGUUAGCCAUCUACAACUGGUUAUGAAUCGGACCAUGUCGCAGGAAGUUGUGUCAGCGUGGUCGGUCACUGUUAGAGCUUCAAAUGAAGAUGGGAGCGAUCUCUUGGAUAUCAAUGAUGACGACCUCCUCUCACUCGAUGCAGAUUCCAUAGAAUUGUUUGGAGUAACUAAUAUAACCGUUCAAGGGACGCGGAAGCUUAUAAAUCAGUGGUUAUAUGGUAGAAGAAAGAUCUCGCUAGUGUACUACAGGCAUUCUGAAGACUACGAAGCGACAGAGCUCUUGCGAGGAAUUCCACAUAAGGGUGAGGUUUUGCCGAUUGUCAUUACCCGCGCUAAUACUGAUGAGGAAUUGAAGCUGACGUGGGAUUCGUCAAAAUUCCGUUGUUUCACAGACGAAGCUGACACAGAAGGCGACGAUGAGUUUCCGGAUCUCUUGUGA